AUGCCUCCUCGCUUUCUUAUCCAGCCUUCUUUGAAGGCCUUUACUGGUUCUUCAUACAUCCAGAGUCCGCUUGCCGCAUUGUCCUUAAACACUUCGAAGACAUCGAUCCGAGCAGGUUCCGCGGAGACUAGAGAGAGACGACGACAUGACCCGUUCUUGAUGGCGCAAUCGCGUCGACGCAAAGCCGCCAACCUGUCCCGUCAAGAGGCUCUUUCUAAAGAGCGCGAGGGCUCCUUAGGGGAUCCGGUGGAAAGUCGCCCGACUGCCUUCAUCCAGGGUCUCAAGGACACCCAAUCCGGACCUCAAAUCCCCUCAGGAUCGGACGGAAAACUCAACUACUUCCUUGAUUCCGAAGAUCUCCAGCAUGUGCUCGAGUACUCGAAAAACCUCACCUCCCCGAUCGAAAACCCCGACCGAAAUGUCGCCGACCCUCAGCUCGAGAAGGAACUGGGCGAAAAGCACAUUCAAGAUCACAAGAAUGCCGAGGAGGCUCUCAACCGCAUCGCGAGCGUGGGCAACGGCAACACCCAGGACAAGAUGCGCCUAAACAUUCAGAAGUGCAUUGAAGAAUUCGGACGCCACAACACCGACCAGAAGCUUCCCCCCAAGCCGGCAGCUCCGUCGCAGCAGUCCGGCACCGCUGCCCUCGAGAAGACCCCUCGUGUCGGGCCCGAUACCGGAUCCCCGGAAGUCCAGGCUGCCAUUUUGACUGCGAAGAUCCUGAACCUAACCAGGCACCUUCAAACAUCCAACAAGGACAAGCACAACAAGCGUAACCUCCGGAUACUGGUCCACAAGCGACAGAAGCUACUGCAAUACGUGCGAAGAAAGGAACGGGGUGGCCCGAGAUGGCAGAACUUGGUUGAGAGCCUGGGACUUUCCGAUGCUGCUUGGAAGGGCGAGAUUAGUAUGUAA